GGGUGUCUCAUUGCAGCACUUCAGACACACAUCCCAAGACAUGACCCUUCCUCUUGAUCACCACCUUAUGCAUGCCUCAGCUGGAAAAUGUUGCUCACGCCACACGACAAGUCAAUGCCUCUUCCUGUCUCAACAAAAGAGGUGUCAUCCACCAUGACACAUGCAGUGUCUGACGCGGAGCCAGAGACGAGAAUCCCGCGAGAAGAUCACACAAGUACAUGUAGAUAUAUAUAAUGUACAUGUGGGAGAGAAGAACAACAAUGCGAAAAGUCCCAGUAUCAGUGCCGGUCACUUGAUACAAUGGAGGAAUGCACCAUCGCGCAGCACGAGUAUGACAGCGCAUACACAAACUUCGAGACCGAGGUCAGGCUUCUACAGGAGCAUCGACAGCGCUUCGAGCAUGCUGAGCCCCCAGGACAUGCCUUUUCAUGGAGAAUUCGCAGAUUCUCCAAUAUUGCCCAUCUUCCCUUUCCCCUCCACGACGCCACCCCGACAUACGGCAUGCGAGUGGCAUACGCCGACCUGGAGAGGAGGCGGGAGCACUACUUUGCUGCCGUGACGCAUCAAUUACAGCGUGAUCUGGCAUCGUGGGAGAGCGCCAGACAAGACAAGAAUCGAGAGGCUCGGAAACGACUCAUGGCCACCAUCACAGAGGACUGGCGACAACGAGGGAAGCCUCUGUUGUGCAACAUUUGGAAUCGCGAAUUUGAACUUUCUGCCCUGGAUGUUCAGACGGCCUUUUUGACCGCACAAUUUUCAUAUCUGUUCGAUGAAAAGCAUCGUGCAGGGCAGAUCUACGACCAUGUGACAGCCUUUCCACACAAGGCUUGCUUCCGACAGAUGUUCGAUACCUCGGUCCAGGACGAUUACAACAUCCAAGCUGCUCUGCAACACAAGACUACCAUUGAUGAACAGCUGCUUAGUGUCCGAGCACAAAUCUGGGACGAGCUGGAUAAGCGCCUGAAUGUACCCCGAGGCCUGCAAACAUACAUUGAUGGUAUGGAACUUUUCCUACGAGACGAGAUCUAUGCUGCUCAACUGUCACAGACGCAUGGAGACUUGAUCGAACGUGGUAUCCGCGAGGCCCAGGCACAGCACAACCUUUCCAUUUUUACGCACGAACAAGCCCAAGCAGCAAACGAACGCGCUACCAAACUCCUCGUCGACAUCAAAGCAAUCAUAACCAUCGAGAACCGCGCACAUGCAGCAGAUCCGUCCUCCGACCCCGGCCCCAUCACCAACGACUAUCUCCGUGUCGCAGAAAAGCGUGCUUUCGAGGCGAGCGUCUGUCUCUCUCAAGCCCAAGCCGAUUCGGAUCUCACCGCCGCAGCUCUGCGUUCUGCCCAUGAACUCGCUAUACCGAGAAAUCUCCCCAAACCCAGAAUCAAACUCAAACCCUCCACAGCCACCAAGCGUCGCCCUCCCCCUUCGAGACCUACUACUACUACCACCACCCCGACUAUCCCCGAAUGGCUUCGCUCCCUCGACGUCAUUUUUUCCGAUUACACCACCAUCGUCACAUUUCCCGAACCCCCUCCUUUUCCCCUUCCACUUCCUACAUUCCAUGCAACCCUACCAACAGCAACAACAACACAAAGAUGUCGCUGUUCUUCAAAAACUCCAUUACGAGCUUUAAAAGUCUGCGACUGUGCUAUUCGAGCCGCUUUUGCCUCGUUGGACUUGCAGGCGUUGAAGCGGGAGAGAACGCGUUGGCAUCCGGAUAAGUGGUCUUGUUGUCCAAGGGAUCGGAGAGAGGGGUUUGAGAGGAAGGCUGCGGAGAUGUUUGUCGUGCUGGAUGGGAUGUAUCGGGGGCUGAGGGGGUAGGGAGGAGGGGGUUGGUAGGUGGUAGAGGAGGAGGUUGGUGAGAUGUCACUUUCUUAUUUUGGGUUUAUAGGAAAGAGAGAGAGAGAGAGAGAGAGAGAGAGAGAGAGAGAGAGAGAGAGAGAGAGAG